AUGAACUGUCCCGAGAAGGCGUACUGCGCCCCGGGUGGCCAGAUCUAUUAUUAUACUGGCGAUUUGACCAACUGCACCAUCUCAGCUUGCCCCAUCGAGACGACCGUGUACGGGUACAGACCGUCGAUAGCCGCUAGCUCGGUGCUCAUCGCGCUAUACACGGUUUGCCUGCUGGUGCAGUUUGUCUAUGGCUGGCGGUACAAAGCCUGGUGGUUUGCUGUUAGUAUGAUCCUAGGCUGCAUUUGCGAGGUUCUGGGUUAUGCUGGCCGGAUCAUGAUGUGGCAGAAUCCCUGGGGGAGGCCUGGGUUCAUCAUGCAGAUCGUCCUGAUCACGGUCGCGCCGGUUUUCUUUUCGGCCGCCGUCUAUGUUCUCCUUGCUCAGAUCGUCCAGUAUAUCUCUGUUGAAGCGUCCCGAUUCAAACCAACUCUCUUCUACAUCGUCUUCAUCCCCUGUGAUGUCAUUAGUUUGAUCCUCCAGGCCGUCGGGGGAGCGAUGUCUUCGACAUCCAAUGGAAAGUCUACGGCCGGCGUCAACAUCGCACUUGCCGGUCUGAGCUUCCAGGUGGCAACACUUGUUCUGUUCGUGGGAUGGACUGUCGACUAUAUCGCUCGCAGCCGCCACGUGUGGCGCUUUGCCCAGAUACCCGGCAGAUUUGUCGUCUUCGCCGUCUUUCUCACCCUCGCACUGCUGACAAUCAUGAUCCGAUGUUGUUACCGGGUGUACGAGCUCAACGAAGGCUAUUCAAGAGAGAGUGAGGCACUGAGGGAUCAACCGCUCUUCAUCGGGCUUGAGUCAGUGAUGAUCAUUGUCGCUGCGUACGCUCUCAUCCUCGCACACCCGGGUCCGGCGUUCAGACAGACCCUCAGUGUUCAGCAAACUGCCAAGUGGGAGAUUGCGCCGCAAGAAAUUAGUUUCGACACUGUGCCCCAGGGUUCACUAGACCCGAGGCAGCGGGACGCGCUGUUGAGGGACGGCGAGCCUACCGAACGGAAAGGCACGUAA